CAAACAGCUACUCUUAUCCUCCCGCUCAUACACGGCCAGGUUCCCGUCCCGGAAAACCAAGGUCAGCCUCGCGUCAUUCCCACGUGCAACGACGAUGUCCUUUAUCAGCCUCAACGUACGACGCAGCUGCAACAAGGGCUGCGAUAUCCCAAACUCACUAGCGACGAUCCGCUUCUUCUGCACGCUCUUGAACUUGCCGUAGUCAUGCACGCCGAGAAGUGGCGCGGUUUCUGCGAGAAUAAGAGCUGGAGCGACACGUGCGGGACCGCGGGGAGGUCGCCUUUCAGGACGCGGAUGCCGUGCACACUCAUGCUUGUUGGCGGUGCGACGCUGAGGCCGGUCAUUUUCGACGUGAGCUCGUCGCUCUGCGACAGGGCGUCUGUUUGGCUGGUGCUGAGGCAGGCGUCGAUCUCGAAACGGACGACCAUUCGCAGCCUUUCAAGUCCUGUGCAAUUUUUUCAGUGUUCUCCCGCUCGAAAUUGAACCCGCGCGAACGCCCGCUUUGUUACUCCCGCAUGCGCGUCUCCCAC